CGAGCUUUACGACGGCAACAACUAUGGCGGCUUCCAGUGGCAGAUUUGAAAGUGCGAAGAGUAUCGAAGAGCGUAAGGAGCAGACCCGAAUUGCCAGGGCGGAGGUGUUGCGUCAGGCCAAAGCCAAUUUUGAAAAAGAAGAAAGGCGGAAAGAACUUAAACGACUUCGAGGUGAGGAUACAUGGAUGCUACCUAAUGUCAGUGAACGAAUUGAGGAGUUCUCGAAGGAACAUUCUCUGAAGAAAAAGAAGAAAAAAGAUAAGCAUUCAAAAAAAGUAAAGAAAGAGAAGAAAAAAAAGAGCAAGAAACAGAAAUAUGAGAAAAGUGAAUCAACUGAUAGUUCAUCAAGCUCGGAGGAUGAGUGGGUGGAGGCUGUUCCGCCUCAGACUCCUGGCAAGGAAAAGGCCUGGAAAGUGAAAGACGAAGAGUUAGGAAAAGAAGCUGACAGCCGGGUUAUUCAGAGGGAUGAGUGGAUGACGGUUGAUUUUAUGUCUGUUAAAACUGUGUCCUCAUCAUCACUUAAAGCUGAAAAGGAAAUGACAAGGAAAAUAGAGCGAGAGAAAAACCAAGCACUUGAACAGUCUACACUGCUUGAAAGAGAAUUGAAUCCGUAUUGGAAGGAUGGUGGGACAGGGCUACCAUCGGAAGACUGUAGUGUAUCAUCACUUACUAAAGCCUCAGGAGUAGAGGAUGGUGGAUUAAGCUGGCUAAGAAAAUCUUACCAAAGAAUGAAAGAACAAGCUGAAAAACAAAAUAGAAAAGUUGAGGACAUUGUAGCUGAAAGAUAUGGGUCAAUGGAAACAUUUCAGUUGAAGUUAGAAGAAGCUGAAAAAACUGCAUCCAAAAAUGAAGAUUCUAGACAACGGUGGAGGAAACCAGCAUAUUCAGAUAAAGUACAAAAGAGUCAAGAAAGCAGGAAAUUAGACUUAGUAAAACAUAAUAAACGUCCAGGAGAUAGUUGUGAUACAACAGAGGUUACAAACAGUAGCAGUAAAGAUAAAUUUAAUGAUAAUGAAAAAGAUAAGAGAUACAUGUCUUUACAGUCACACAGAAGAGAAUUGAAUCCAAGGCAAAAUCAAGAGUUUGCUUCUCCAGGAAAUUUGAGAGCUAAAUUCUUGAGACCCUCUGAUGAUGAUGAACUGUCUUCUCACAGUAAGGCUAGAAAGUUUGAACCAUCUAGUUCAUCAACGUUAGGAGCUCACAGUUCUUCGCAGUGUGGUUUUCGAAAACCCCUGGAAAACAAUGAAGAAAGAUCAACAUGUCGGAGACAAUCUGAUGAGGCAGGAGACAAACAUUCAAGUAAAGAACCAUUGGAGACAAGUAGCAGCGCUGACCGUGGACACGUUUCGGGAGACUUGGGAGAAAAGUUACCGGCCGAGAGUGAGAGAGAAUAUUGGCAAGACACAAAGCCUACAUUUGCUGGCCCGGGGGAUGAGUCCGUCCGUGCCCUGAGUGUUGAUGAGAAGAACAAGUUGGGGGCCAAGAUUAUUAAGGCAGAGAUGAUGGGGAACAUGGAACUGGCUGCACAACUUAAAGCCCAACUUGAAAAGGCUAAUAAAUUAAAAGAAACGGUAACACAAAUAUCAAAAACAACAGGACCAGAAGAGAAUGCAGACCAGCGAGAAGUGGUCCUCGUCAGAACAGAUGCGACUGGAAGAGCAUGGCCUGUGAGCUCAACAGAGCCUCUGGACUCAGAAGCAGCAAGUGGGAGGAGACGCAGGGUUUCUACCCAUCAGGAAAAAGAAAGAGUCAGAUACUUUCAUGAUGAUGAUCAUCUAAGCCUAAGUGAUUUAGUCAAAAAUGAAAAGAUGGGAACAGCAGAAAGUCAAAACAAACUUUUUAUGAGAAUGGCAUCUAAGUAUAUGGGAAAAGUAGAUGGAGACCAUUAUACUCUGGACGACAUGUUUGUGUCCAAAGCAGCUGAGCGAGGACGUGUUGGUGAAGAGGAGCAGAACCAGAGGAAAAAGGCCAUCGCUGAGCACCAGCGUCUUGCUGCACACAUGGAAAAGUGUCUGUAUUGUUUUGACAGUUCUCGGUUUCCCAAGCACCUUAUUGUUGCAAUAGGUGUUAAGGUUUAUUUAUGUUUACCCAACUUCCGGUCUCUUUCCGAAGGGCACUGCCUGAUAGUCCCUUUGCAGCAUCAUCGAGCUGCUACCUUGUUGGAUGAAGACAUCUGGGAAGAAAUUCAGAUGUUUAGGAAAUCAUUAGUAAAGCUGUUUGAAGAUAAAGGAUUGGACUGCAUCUUUUUAGAGACGAAUAUGAGCAUGAAGAAACAGUACCACAUGGUGUAUGAGUGUAUUCCUCUCCCAAAGGAAGUGGGUGACAUGGCUCCGGUCUAUUUUAAGAAAGCCAUAAUGGAAUCUGAUGAAGAGUGGUCCAUGAACAAGAAAUUGAUUGAUCUUUCUUCAAAAGACAUCAGAAAGUCUGUGCCCAGAGGCUUACCUUACUUUUCGGUGGACUUUGGCCUUCAAGGAGGAUUUGCCCAUGUCAUUGAAGAUGAGCACAAAUUCCCUCAUUACUUUGGAAAGGAAAUCAUUGGUGGGAUGUUGGAUCUAGAGCCAAGACUUUGGCGGAAGGGCAUCCGCGAAAGCUUUGAGGACCAGAGGAAGAAAGCCCUGCAGUUUGCUCAGUGGUGGAAACCCUAUGACUUCACCAAAAGUAAAACAUGUUGACACUCACCUCUCUCUUUUAAUUUGCUCUUCAGAUAUUCUUUUUAAAUUUCCCCUGCAUCUCACUACAGAGUUGAGCCUCAGGUCAUAGGGAAAAGGAACACCAGCAGGCUGCUCUGGCUCUCUGCCGCCUGUGCACUGUGUAUUGUGUUGUUCUUUUCCCUCACCUUCGGAGACUUCAUUUUAGUAACCGUGGAGUAACAGCAAAUUUACUGGAUGAGCUGCUUGCAUUCCUGUCUGUACUACGUCUUGGUGCUCUGACUAAGUCAGUCUACAGAAGGGUUUUCUGAGAGGCUAGCUGGGAAACCUAGCAAAUCCUUGGUUUAGAGGAAAUUGGGCCUGCUUCAGGGUAAUUACGUUUAUUGCGUGGCUUCCUUGUAUUUUUUAGAAUAAGUUGAUAUAUUCAGUAAUAAUUGAAUUCAUUUUAAAAGAAUUGUAUAUAAGAGUUCUUAAUUUUCUACCAGUAGCAUAUAGUAUCACCAUGUAUAAUAUUUCCUUUGUUAAAGAAAUGUCCCAAGAAAAUUAAAGAAUUAAAUGGUAAUGACAAUAUGACAUAGUCACAAUUCAAAUUUAUUUGUAUUUCUGGGGUUUCAUGUAGUCUUUGAGCUUUGGGAUUUUAAAAACAAUUGUUCUGCAUAACACAAUUUACAGGUGUUUGGGGGUUUGUUUGAAAGUUAAAAUUUGUAGCCAAAUCAUUGUUAUGGGUUUAUAUGGGUUAUUUUAAAAUCUUAAAUAAUGAGAGUAUUCCACAUGUCAGGAGCAUGUUCUCUGUCUUGACCACUGCUUGAUUUAUUUAUUUUCACUUUUUAAAAAUUGUUCAUACACAGUGAUGGUUUAGUUUGGCAGAUUUGUACAUUUUCAUCUCUCCUAACGUCCCCGCCCGUCUACCCUGUUUGACUUCAGGUGCUUAAUUUUUGUUAUUCUCAGUACUUGGUGUUGGGAGAAAGCCCUAUCCUUAAAAAAUAUGGCUAUAAUGUAAGCGUGUGCCUGCUUGUUUUUCUUGAUGUGGAAGAUACUGCUGUGGUAACUCUUUUUCAGCGCAUUAGUUGUUAGGAAGCUACACGGAAACAUUUUGUCAUGAAAUGUUGUCUUAGGGUCAGGGUGAAGCAUAUUCCAGAGUAACUCAUAAUUCUAAACAUUUAUUUUUAAUAUCAAUAUCUCAUAUUCUUACUAUGUUAAAAAAGAAAUGUUUUUAUUUCAUAAAUAAACUAAGUCAAAGUUUAAUGGUUUUUGAUUUUUCAGUGUUUAUGCAUAGCGUUUGUGUAUAUUUGAGUGUGUGUACACUGGCAUCAUGUAGACGCCUGACAGUGUUGUGUUUACUGAUGUUAUGGAACUCUUGGCUUCCUUCCAGUGUCUUAAAGGAAUCUGUAACAUGUACUUACUUAGUAAGUUAAGAAAACAUUUGAUUAUAGAGCAUUAUGGUGCAUGCUGACAGUGAAAAAGUAAAAGUACUGUUUUGAUCUUAAUUUUAUAUUUUAGUAGAGAAAGAGACAUGUCCAUAGUUAUAGUGUAAUAUAAUACAGUCUUUCUAAAUUUUUAGAAUUAAUACAUAUUUGGGAUACUUAAUGAAUAUAUUCUUCGGGGAGUAUUGCUACAUGUACACACUGCAUCUUGAUCCUUUUUUUAAUGUAAGAUAUGUGCCAGGCAUAUUUGUGUCCCAUGCUAACAGCCUGUUUUAAAUGUUCUUUCAUCAUCAACUGAUGACCUUCCCAUAUUACUCAGAGACUAGAAGCAAAUAGCAGGGAAUUUCUGCCACACCUGUCAGUGCACCUGCAUUUAUACCCAUGUGCUCUACUUUUCCCUUGCUAACUAUAGAUAAAUUAUUUUGUUGUUCUUAUUGCCCCCAUUCUUUCUAUGUUAUUGCUUCCUUCUUAUUAGGUUAUUAGCAUACAAAAACACUCGUAUAUUAACAACAAACCUGCAUUGUCUUCCUCCGUAGCCAUUUUUCCAGUUGACAACCAAACUCGUUUCUAAUAUGUGUUUCCUUUCCUUCAUCUUCCUGUUCUCAGUGGUUAGGCCUCAUCCUUGUGCCUCCUAUGGCACCUUUGAGGUGAAUGUCGUCAUUGGCCUUUCACAUUGGCCAGUUCAGUGCUCAGCGCUCAUCUUACUGAACCCGCCAACAUGUAACUGGCACACUUGUUCACUUCUUCCUUCUGAAAUGCUUUCUUUAAUUUGCUUCUUAUUUAUCUUUUUUCCUAACUAGCUGCUUUCUCCUAGUCUCCUCUGUGGGGUUCUUCUUCAUAUAUUCAAGCCUUAAAUGCUAAACUGACCAUUGUUAAAAUUUAUUUAUUUUACUAUAUUCUUAAGGUAAUUUCAUUGAAAUGGCCUUAGAUAACACUUUUAAGUUGACUCAUUUAUUCAAAACGUGCUUGAGGAUCUUCAGUAUGCUUGUCACUGCUCCACGUGCAGGGGAUGCCUUAGUGGAUAAACUGAAGUCAUUAUCUUUGGGAAGUUACACUGUAUGAGGAAAAGACAGUAAAUAGACAAAAUAAACAGAUUGUCUAGAAAAUGGCAGAGCGAUGCAUACUGGGGAAGAAGAAAAAGUAGAGCAGGCCUAGAAACAUGUCUUGCAAAUUUACAUUCUCUCUCUGGAUCUUGUCCCAGAAUUUAUUUGUCUAAAACCAACCUGACAGUUCUACUACAUCUCACCUGUUAUCUCUCAUAGGCACAUCCAAACUGAGCUGAUUUUCUUCGUCUUCCAAUUAUUUAUUGGUGUAUAACAAGUUUUUCUACAAUUUAAUGGCUUGUAGUAUUAACCACUUUCUUUGACUUUAUGGUUUUGUAGGUCAGACAGUUUGAUCAGGGCUCAGCUGGACGAUUUGCCUUUUUCAUGAUGUCAGAGACCUUGACUAAAGAGAUUCAAACAUCCUGAGGUAACUGGAGCUGUAGGUCGAGGGCUUCUGUUUAUUCUUGUGGUAUAUCCUGGGUCUGUGGUACUCAAAAUGGCUCCUUUACUUACGCGUCUAGUGCCAGGGCUAGGACGGCUAAAAUGGCUAGGGACUUGUGGGAAUCCUAGAGCAGCAAUUUCAGAGUAGUUGGACUUGCCGUUUGGCUGUAUCUUCCCUCAGAACAACUCUUCCAAAGGACAUUUCCAGGAAAUAAUGGAUAGAACGUGCCAAUCUCAUAGGACUUGGGCCCUGAUAUUGGUACAACUUCAUUUUUGGUGCAUUCUCUUUGUCAAAGUUGUCUCAGAUUCCACCCACAUUCAAGAAGAAGGAUCAUAAUCUUACUUUUUGAUUAGAGAAAUGUGAAAUAAUUUCUGUUUCUAAUGCAUUACAGUCUACCAUCUGUGCAGAAAUUUAUGUUCUUCCCCCAUGAAAAAUAUAUUCAGAUCAUUCUAAGAAAGCCUCACAUCAUUAGGGCUUUAGGCUUAGGUUUGAGGUUCAGGGACUCAUCCAAAUCAUGUUCAGAUGGUGUUGAAACUGUUCAAGAGUUUUUCCAUUUGGUCUGAAGAUCCGUGUUCUUAAAGGGACACAUAAUCCAUACCCUACCGCACACAUGCACCUGUGUGUAUGAUAGAGAAACGUACAUUAAUUGCAGUGGACACAAUCUCUGAGAAGGAAGAAAAGCAGUCACUGUUUACUAAGUCUAAACUUCAACAAAUGUUGCCAGUUUUUUUGGUUAAGAGCCUCAGUCCUGCUUCUUGAGAAGAUUCUGUAGCUCUUUCUUGUCUGCCCUGGGUGUAGUCCUGUCAACCUUUCUUUUUCAUAAGAAGUAACUUGAAAAUGACGCUUCCAGAAAAGAUAGAGUGACCACAUUACCCUUCUGUCUAAAACAACCAACAGAUAGAUACUUUGAGAAUCACACAACAAAGUAUAGCAGUCCCUAAGAGAUGCGAAGCAGUGAGAUGAGCCCUAAAGUGGCUCUGUUGUAGAAUUUUGAGAGAAUUUCUGCGCUGCAGUACAAGGGAAUCUAGGCACAGCCUAUUGUGCUACCCACGCUGAGGAAAUGCAGCUUUGAGCCGGAUUGUGCAUGCCUGUGAGAAAGCUGCCCAAAGCCAGGGAAAGAUUGCCGUGUCCACAAGAAUGUACAAUUCUAUGACUGAUUGGGAAUUGGGUAGAGUACAUAGAAUGGUAGUGUCAAUUGGAAUAAUUUCCUCAGUAGUGUAGAAUAAUUAUCCCAAGGCUGAGCACUGGUCUGGUCUUGAUAAAACAAAUCUUAAAAGUAAGAAGCAAAAGAAGCAAACUUUUCCAAGUAACUUUAAUUGCAUUCUGGAACAAAGCUUUAAAAUAUUUAUAGGGAUAAAAAUAGGUCCUGUAGUCACCUUGUUAAAAUGUGUGUUAGCCAAUAAAAGAUCAGACAUGCAGAGCAGCACUGAAAUGGUAACUACACGAGUAAAUAUGUCAGUAUUUUUCUUCUGAAUUUAUUUAAAAGAUAUUUUAUUGUUUAAGAAUAAUUAAAAGUAAAUCACAAAAAGAACACAAAGGUAGGAACGGGAAAUGGAAGUGUACUACUAUGAGAUUGUUAUACAUUAUUUGAAAUGGUUCAACUUGAAUGUGGACUUUCAUACAUUAAAAACAUAAUUAACUCUGAAGGAGACCAUAAGAAAAUGAAGAUUUAUAGUUACUAAGAGGAUAAAAAUGGGGUAAAAUAUAAGUCUGCACAGCGUCAGAGAAAGAGGAAAGGGGCAAGUACAGAGUGAACACGUGGAAAGGAAGUAGGAAAAUUAUAAAUCUAAGUCUGGAGUAUCAGUGACAUUACUUCUCUGUUGCCGCGUAGCACCUCACCACAAGCCAGCAGCUUAAAGGAGCAUGGAUUUGUGAUCUCACAGCUGUAGCGGGCUAGGAACAGGGACAGUUUAGCAGUGUCCUCAGUUCAGGAGACCUCAGGGCUGCAGUCCGGGUGUCAGACAGGACAGGAUGUCCGUCUGGAAGCUGAACUUGGGAAAGCUCCACCUCCAUACUCUCUGGUUAUUUCAGCUUUCGGAACCUGGCAACUAGUACUGAAAAUGCUAGGUUUUCCCCACGCUGUUUGCCAGAGGCUGUACUUGGCUCCUAGAGGACACUAGCAGUUCUUUACUGUGUGUUGUUACCCAAUAUGAUCCCUUGCUGCUUCACAACGAACAGGAGGGAAGAUCUCUCAACAUGGCCACUAAAGUCUUAACGUAACCAUGAAAUGAUUUGUGGCAAACCACAUGAGCCUUCUUACUGUUGUCACGUGUUAGUUAGAAGUCUGUCGUGGGUUCUCCACACACAUGAGAAUGGGACCACACAAAGAUGAAGAUCAGGAUCAGAACGUAAAAGAGACUAUGAGAGUCUGUCCACCAGUAUUUUAAGCAGUCUCCGGGAAUGAUGUCACCAAGAUGGCUGAGUAGGAAAUAGCCUUAGUCACUCCAUAAAGAACAAAUAUAGACAGCUAUCCACGAUCCAGAAUAUCCCUGGCAGGGCUCAUUGGCUCAUUUAGGAAUAUGACACAGCUCAGAUGGAACAAAAAAAUGGAGCCUAUCCACAUAGAAAACAUCGCUGUUGAAGCUGGCAUACCAGAUACGCCAGGAGACCAUUACGAAUACAGAAGAAAUGCAGAGGGUAUUACUAGCUAUAUAGUGGGAAUAAUGGUCCUGAAAGGCCAGCUCGGUAGAGAGCACUGACAUCUUUUCCACUGAGAAAACCAACAGCAGUCCCUACCUGGGAACCCGGAGAGGCAAAUGCAGUUGCACACUUCCUUCCUCCCCAGGAGCCCGCUGCUGUGCAGUGCCAGUACUGGAGCUGCCACCUCUUCUACACUGUGCGUGCCUGACCUCCACGUUGUGGCUGCUCUGAAAGUGCCCACAUUUUAGAGUCUUGACUCUUGUGAGAGUGUGCACACCCACGUUUUAUAGCAGAGCCACUGGUCCACCGAGAUAGAUAACAUCCAGGAGGACCCUCAAAGUUUUUCCGUGCAAGUCUAUUCUGGAUAGCAGCUUAGUUGCCAUAGUAGGUAGCAUGUGUCCUUACCCAGGCGCCGCUGACCUUGUGCAUGCCUGCGCUUCUGUCUGAUGCGUCCCAACUCUCUGGCUGUUUCACGGGUACCUAUGCCUCAUACUCUUUUACGAACAUAGAGAGGAUGCACUUGUGCUUCAGGUCCUGGAGCUGAAAUCCUUACCCGCUGCCCACAUUUCAGGCCUUCGCUCCAGGGAUGCUCCACAGGUACUGCUCACCAGCCAUGUAUGCCUCUGCCACCACGAGCAGGCCUGCAGUCAGACACAGAGCGAGGAGGCGUCCCUCAACCCGACUUUUCCAGUGGCAGAAGGAGAUGAUCCUGCCAUCCCAAAGACUCCAGCUGUCCUUGUUUCCUGCUGUGGACAUCCACAGCAUCAGCCACUGAUGAACCCUGGAACCUUUGUCAACAUCGAUGCUGACAGAUACACUCAGAGACUGUGCAACUGUGUCUCCCCUGGUGCCAGAACCGUUGCACCAGCCAGCCAGCACCCGCACCUCCUUCUUUCAUAAAGGAAGGCAUUUCUCACCACACGCACAGACUUCAUAACCCAGUGAGAAACCUGAAAAUACAAGAAGACACACGACCACUGAAAAACUAAUAAUUUAAAGAAAUGUAGAUAAUGAACUACAUUACAAAGAAUUCAAAGUAGCCAUUUUAAGGAUGCUUAAUGAACUUAAGGAAAAUACAGAAAAUCAAUACAACAAAAUCACAAAAAGAAUUAGCAAAGUGAGAAGUUGAACAUAUGAAAAAAAAGCUGGAUAAUAAAAUGAAUGAAAUUUUAAAAGAUAGCAUUAACCUAAGAAUCAAGCAGAAAUAAGCAUGUGUGAGUGUGAAGACAUGAUUUGAAAAUAUACAGCCAGAAAAGCAAAAAUAGAGUGAAAAAGAAUGAAGAUUUCCUGUGGUACUUGUGGGACAGCAUCAAGACUGCUAAAAUUACUAAGAGUUCAAGAGAGAAGGGUAAGAGGAAGAGUAGGACCGAAACUAGAAAGUAAAGCUUCCAAAUCUGGAAGGAUGUAUAAAUACCUAGGCAUAGGAAGGCCCAAUGUGUGCAGUUAGAAUCAGUCCCAAAUGACUACACCAAGAUUCAAAAACUCAAAAGACCAAAAGAGGAUCUUGACAGCAUCAAGAGAAAAGAAGCAUACCACAUAAAAGGGGAUACCAUUUGGCUAUCAGAUUUCUCAGCACAAACAUUACAAGGCAGAAGAGAGUAGGAUGGUACAUUCAAAGUGGUGAAGGAUAAAAACAAAAACUACCAACCAAGAAUACUUUACUGAGCAAAACUGUUCUAUACCUAAGUGCAAAAAUAGAAGUGUUUGAACUGAAAAAUGCUAAUUAGUAAAAUGAAAACUUAUGAAAUUAUAAAAGUGCAUAUUCAAACUCAGAAUAGCCAAAUACUGCAGGAAUGGUAUGUAAAUCACUUAGGAGGGUUAAAAGAGAAAAACUACUAAAAUAAUAGAUACAAUAAUUUCUUAAGGAAUGUGCAGUAUAAAAAAUGUCAAAAAUGUGAUAUGUGUGUCAGUAAAAGUGUAAUUUAAAAAAUACCAGCUUAAAGUAACCUGUUAUAACUACCAGAUGUUUCACAUAAACCUUAUUGUAGCCAUAAAACAAAACAGAUAGGACAUGCACAAAAGUUAAAAAGUAAGGAAUCAAUCUAUACUACUGGAGAAAGUUAGCUAACUGUGAAGACCGUAAAAGAGGACUAAAGGAACAACGUAUUUACAAAACAACUGGAAAAGUAUUUGCAGAUUGGCAGUAGUCUUUACCUAUCAAUAAUCACAUUGACUGUAAUUGGACUAAAUUCUGUAGUAAAAGACCAUAGUUGAAUCGAUUCAAAAAGACCCAACUGUGUACUGCCUAUGAGAGAUUCAUUUCGCCUUCAAGAUUGAAGAUGAAGGAAUGGAACACGUAUCCCAUACAAAUAGAAAUCAAGACCAUCAGAGUAGCUAUGCUUAUAUCAGACAAAAGAGAUUUUAAAUGAAAGUCAACAACAAAAAAAAUCAAAACUGUAAAAAGAGACUUAAGUCAGUGUGUAAUGAUAAAGGCAUCAGUUCAUCAGGAAGAGGUUUGGAGGGGGCUGGGGAUUUAGCUCAGUGGCACAGUGCCUGCCUGGCAAGUGCGAGGUCAUGAGUUCAAUUCCCGG